CGCACGCGGGGCGGACAGGAGGGAAGUUGGUGCAGAGGCAGAGCGCGCGGACAGCUCCGGAUCCAGUGGCGGGAGUUGAGCAUCCUGACGCACGCACGCGCUAUGGACUAAACUGUUGAGCUGUGAGGAGAGAAGCAGCGCGCGCACAGAACACCUCCAGCUCGUGCCGCUAACGCACUUGGUUUACUUUCUGCUUUUUCUAGUUUCUGUUGUCGACGCUCGUUUUGCGACUAAAAGCCAGUUUGAGCGAAUUUCAGCGCGUCAAAAAGCCGCUCCGCACCAUGAAGUUCCAGCUUUUACCUGUUUUAAUGGCUUUUUUCGCCGUCGCCCAAGUUUUUUGCGACGACAACGAGCCAAAAGGAGACGCUGACUACUGGGCGAGCAAUAAUCAGAUUCAGGAUGGCUGGCUUCCCAACGACCCAUUCAGAGAAAUCCUCCUGAGGAUGACGAGAAAGCCGCGACCGCAUCAGUUCAUUGGUCUGAUGGGAAAGCGCUCUAUGGCAAAUGCACAGAUCACCCGCAAAAGACAUAAAGUCAACUCUUUUGUUGGACUGAUGGGAAAAAGGAGCCAAGAGGAGCCAGGUCAGUUUAUUUCAAGAAAACACUGCUCAUGUUUUAAGUUGCCAAUUUUGACAUUAUUUUCCAGAUAGUGAAUGUGUUGCAAAGUUAACCAUGUUUCUCCCUCCGCAGAGUCUUACGAGUGGAGCACAAUACAGACGUACGACAAGCGCCGCUAAACAGUCCAAUCACCUGCCUGCUUCUCAUCUAACCAUUCCACACCUGUGGGAGGGGUACCUGACGCUGGUUUUGUUUUCUCCAAACUGUGUAUAGUUGUUAGUUGAAUAAAAUGAUUGUUUCCACAUUGUAGUGACGUAGCAGUGCUGUACCUGUGCCAGUUUCAUUUGUCCCAGCAGAAGGUAGACCGGGACCAGAGGAGAGGGAAACGGUGUCAUUCUCAAUGUUAAACGGUUUCUGUGAGCGUUCUCCACCACCUGCCAUGCCGCAAAGACUAAAUGUUGUUGUGGACCAUCAAAGCAAGGCUAUACUCCUGGGUAUGCUGAAAAUUGCACUGCCAAAGUCACUGCAUAGUGCCUCAUAACUGUUUAAUUGCAACUGAUUGUUCUAUAAAUACAACACACUGGGAAAGGUUCUCAUUUUGGCUUUCAAAUGACUUUUAGAAAAGCUGUCAUGUUGUCCACCUGCACAUGUGGUGUGAUAUGACAGGAUACCUGUGUGUUAUAGUAAUCUGACAAAUAUUAAAAUUAUUUUCUUUACUGGUUGAA